CGCACGAUGUCGCGUGUGCCUUACUUCUUUUCCCCCUUAACCUGCUGCCAUGUCCAUGAACGCUACUCCCAAUGACGUCCGUGUCUUCAAGACACCGGUCCGUCGAUUGAACCGACACCGACAACAGGCUUUAGCAAUACCGCUACCACAACCACCUCCACCACCACCUAUGCCCCCGGCUUUGAUGCCUGCAACAUCAUCUGCAGCACCAACAUUCACGCCACCAAUAACACGAAUGCAGCAGCAACUUCAACAGUUGAAAAACAAAGGUAAAGAAACGAAUGAAGGGCUUCAACAGCUCAAUUAUAAGAAGGGGUGGAAGAAGGCGCAAGAGCAGCCAAAGAAAGAGCAACAACAACAACAACAACAACACUCUCCUCCUCCUCCUCCUCCUACUGGUACUACUACUACUUCCCCUCCUCCUCUUACUGCUGCUGCUGCUACUGCUAUUACUUCUCCUCGUCUUCCUCCUCCUCCUCCACCUUUUCUUCAGCAGCAACAACAACAGCUUCUCUCUCCUCCAUACAUUCCAGCAUUUUUGCAGGAUUUGGAGGAUGUUGAGAUGGAUGUUGUUGAGGAACCAGUAGACAUGGAAUGGGAGACGGGCGAUGAAAGAGACAUGUUGUGGGAUCCCACUCCCCGUCUUGUCGCGGUCUACUGGCCAUAUUACGGUCCAUGAAUACUUCCUUUCCUUUUCACUUUCUUUGUUAUUGCAGUACCGUACGACGCGAAAAUCACCAGAAAACCCGAAAAAAAAGCAAAAAACCAUCACAAAAGCAUUUAAAAAAAGCAGUACAAAAAUUACAAAAGCACCCAAAAAAACAUCAAAACAUCAAAACACUAAAAAAAACCUUCAUAUGAAUACUGGUAAGGUUAUCUUUCACUUGGAUUUUACGGGGUUCAUUGCGUGAUAACGUGUAUCGUGGAUACU